AUGGGGUCUUUCACUGAAGCGGUGGAGGCCAUCAGCGUCAGCACCGAGCUGGUGGUGGAAGAGCUGUCGCCCCACCUGGAUAUUCUGCUGACAACCCUGCAGGAUGGCACAGAGGGAGCAGCUGAGUGGAUCGCAGCAAGUGGGAUCCUGUGCACGCUGGCACAGAUGCUGAGGACAAGGGGCCCCCUCACGCUACACGCGGCCCAGCUAGUUGCUGACCUGAGCGGGCAUGCCUCUGUGAGAGAGCACUGCAUCAAAGCGGGGCUGGGACCUACUCUGCUGGGGCUGCUGGCUUGCGGAGACCAGGAACUGCUGCUGCACGUCAUCCGGGCCCUGGGCAGGAUCUGCCUGGGUGACUACGUCCAGCAGGACCUUCUGGUGCGGGGCGGUGCACUCCCCUUGCUGAUGGAGACCAUGCAGACACUCCCAGAGUACCCCCUGCUGGUGCCGGCCUGCCUGCAAGCACUGUGUAGCCUGGCAGGUAUGGGCGAGGAUGAGGGCCUGGUGAUGAACUGGAACAGGGUGGGUAGCCUCGGGGGUGAUGAGUGUGUGUACUGGGGUAUGCCAUGCAGCCCACAUGGUCUGCUGUCCAUGGUGACAGUUGUGAGGGUAAACCAGGGUUUGUGGGGUCACCACUCAGUCGCCGUGGAAAAGCUUCAGCGAUGCUCGUCCACAGUCUGGAGCUCCCAGGCCAGUCGGGGGCCCCCCUCACGCUCUUCCUUCAUACCCAGAGGCGUCUGCUCCAGGUCCGGCAGGGUGAUGGAGCACGGCGUCCGGAACAAUCCCAGGUUCAGCAGUCUGCGGUCUAGAGUGUUCCACACCUUGUUGUGACCUAGAAGCCUGGCAGAUAGCCAGAGGUCACCAUUCAGAGACGCUGCGGUUUCAAUAGGUUGGAAUCACCUACCGCCAAGAAGAAGUGGAGAGGUUUAUCAGAAAAGCAGAGGAACACUGAGAAGGCCCCCAAACAUCAGACUGAAAGGGGACAUUCCAGGUUACCAGGUGUCGGCAUGGAGCGUUUCCACUGGAGUUUCUCACACGGAGGGAAUCUGACACCAGAAAGUCACAAAAAAGAGCAAAACCACCAGACAGGCUCAGCAGGAAGAAGCCAAACUAGGUCUGUUUCUGCUUGCAUUUUAUUUUAAAGCAGUUUUAACAGUUUAUACUUUCUUAUACUAAUUAUUAGUUAUUAGUAUAACAUACUAUUACAUUGUCAACU